CCAAUGUAAUCAUAUGACUUGUCGAUCGAUAGAGAAAAAAGUUGGAAUUUUCUUUGGUGUUUGCUGCGUUGGAAAAGUUCAAAUUUUUGUUGCACUCCCUCAAACGCCAACAGCCGUCGCAAGUGCAAUAUCCUAAGCAGUACUCUGCCAGUGAAUACCAAUCGAAAUACUCUCAAAUAGCCACUGGGUGUGUGUCUGAGUGUAAAUCUGCUUUGAAGGUAACAUAACAAUCAUGGAGAGCUCGGGAUUUAUGUUUAACGUGGACAAUGGCUACCUGGAGGGACUGUGCCGUGGCUUCAAGUGUGGCAUACUCAAGCAGGCCGAUUACCUCAAUCUGGUGCAGUGCGAGACACUGGAGGAUUUGAAGCUGCACUUGCAGGGCACUGACUACGGCAGCUUCUUGGCCAACGAGCCAUCGCCGUUGACCGUGUCCGUCAUUGAUGACAAGCUGCGCGAGAAGCUCGUCAUUGAGUUCCAGCAUAUGCGCAACCAUGCCGUCGAGCCGCUGUCCAACUUUCUGGACUUCAUCACAUACGGUUAUAUGAUUGACAACAUCAUUUUGCUCAUCACGGGCACACUGCAUCAGCGUCCCAUUUCGGAGCUGAUACCCAAGUGUCACCCACUGGGCAGCUUUGAGCAAAUGGAGGCCAUUCAUGUGGCGUCUACGCCCGCCGAGCUGUACAAUGCCGUGCUGGUGGACACACCUCUGGCGCCCUUCUUUGUCGAUUGCAUUUCGGAGCAGGAUCUGGAUGAGAUGAACAUUGAGAUCAUACGUAAUACGCUCUACAAAGCAUACUUGGAGGCCUUCUAUAACUUUUGCAAAAAGAUGGGCGGCUCCACUGCCGAUGUCAUGUGCGAAAUCUUGGCCUUUGAGGCUGAUCGUCGCGCCAUUAUCAUUACAAUCAACUCUUUCGGCACCGAGCUGUCCAAGGAUGAUCGCGCCAAGCUGUAUCCCAACUGCGGCAAGAUGUAUCCCGAUGGUCUGGCCGCCUUGGCACGCGCCGAUGAUUACGAGCAGGUGAAGACCGUUGCCGAGUAUUAUGCAGAGUAUGCUGCACUCUUCGACGGCUCUGGCAACAAUCCAGGCGACAAGACGCUCGAGGACAAGUUCUUCGAGCACGAGGUCAAGCUCAAUGUGUUCGCUUUCUUGCAACAGUUCCACUUUGGCGUCUUCUAUGCGUACCUCAAGCUCAAGGAGCAGGAGUGCCGCAACAUUGUCUGGAUUGCCGAGUGUGUCGCCCAGAAGCAUCGCGCCAAAAUCGACAACUACAUACCCAUAUUCUAAAAUACAAUCACGUGCUCCACACACACACACACAAAUAAUUUUUAAAAAGAAACUAUUUUUUUCCACCCUCACACUCGCGUGCGUGUAAUUAUUAAUAACAUAUUAUUUUUUUUUGUGUUCCCCUUUUUGUUAUGCAAUUGUUUAUAUGUAUGGUUAUUAUAUAUUAUCUGUAUUAACGUAUUUGGAGUAUUAUUGUAUGUUGUUGUUGUUAUUGUUGUUAACGGUCGCUCAUCUGACGCGCAACACAGCAAAAAGAAACAAAUCUGUAAAGUGAAAUGCAGCUGCCACGCCCCCUCGUACACUCUUCGCCCAUUCCGUUGCAACAUUACCAAUUGUUAAAUACUGUCAACUCUGCAGCUGCAUAUUAUUAUAUAAAUCAAUACUAUACAUAUAUAAAUAUAAAUCAUAUUAUAA